AUUAGAAUUUGAAAAACAAAAAAGUCAGCUUAAUAUUCAACUGAAAUUUAGUCGGAAUCAACUUGAGAAGAAACUGAAUAAGGUCAACGCAUUAAAAGAGGACAUCCAGAAAAGAAGAGAAGACAUCGAUAACCUAAAGAAGGCUGCAGAAAACUGUUGGCAAAUCCUGGAUGAACUCAUGGCAAAGAAGCAGCAACUUAAAGACAUAUUUAUCACUCAGAAUUCCAACAUUGACACAGUUCAAACUCAAAUUGAAGAGGAACGGAAGAAGUUUUUGGCUGUUGAAAGGCAAGUGGGAAAGUUGCAAAAAGAAGUUGUACUCAUUCAAACUUCUGUGCAAAAGAAACGAUUAGAGAAACAUGACAUGCUCCUUGAUUGCAAAGUUCAAAAUAUUGAAAUAAUACUUUUGUUGGGAUCAUUGGAUGUCAUCACUGAAGUGGAG